CAGCCCCCUAACCCCUCCGCCCGCAUUCCCAGAUUCUCAUUAGAGACAUCAAAGAAAGUGUAAACAUAAAACAAUUACUAUUUGUGAAAGCGAACCGUGUUAACGACUUAUUUUGCCCCACAAUUUUGAAACUUUAAAGCGAUAUGGCCACUUUGGAAGAUAAGAUCCUUGGUGAGAAACUGCAUAAUUACUGCAGUAGUAGCGAAGAUGAAGGUUCUGAUGACGAAGGUAAUGUGAGUGGAGAUGAGGAGAAAGCGAUAAAGACAUCUGCUACGGCAGCUGAACCUCCUCCUGUCAACAGUUGGAAUGGGUCGGCUAGCAACACAGGCCCAAAAGGAGUGUUAGAAGAUUGGCGUAGAUUCAAACAAUUGGAAGCCGAAAACCGUAAAGAAUUAGAAAAAGAACGCAUAGCACUGGCUAAAAAGCUUACAUUAUCUGUAAAAACACAGAGAGAAGAAGAAAAGGAGAAAGAAAUAGAUGAAAUCGAAGAUGAAUUGAAUGAGCUCAUUGACGAAGGAUUUCUCAUGAAGUAUCAGCAACAAAGAAUGCAAGAGCUCAUGGCUCAACUUCAAAAGGCACCAAAAUUUGGGUCGGUGCAAACACUGAACAGUCAAGAUGAGUUUUUGAACUCCAUAGAUAAAGAAGAUCCCAAAGUCGCUGUUAUUAUACACAUUUACAGCAACAAAAAUAGAGCAUGUGAGACAAUGGACGGUUGUUUGAACAUCCUGGCUUCAGAUUAUCCUACGAUAAAGUUCUGCCGUAUUGCAGCUGAUAUAACAGGGCUUAGUCGACAUUUUAGAGUGGACGGAGUGCCAGCGAUUUUGGUGUACAAAGCUGGUCAAAUUAUUGGAAACUUUGUCCAACUUGCCUCCGAGUUGGGGAAUGAUUUCUUUGCUCCAGAUGUUGAGAAAUUUCUCAUAGAAUAUGGUAUGCUACCUGAAAAGUAGAUUAGUAAUAAAUGUGCUCUUAUUAGAUGUAAUCUUUGAUAUAAGUGAAAUGUAGGCUACUUUCCUAUGAGUGUGAUAGAUUUAAGAAAUGUUUUAAUACAUUUAAUUUUUUCUUGAUUUAGCUAUCUAAUAAAAUUGAUUUAUUUUUUUAUUAUUUUGGAUGUAUUUUAAAUGUUUAAAUUACUAAAUAAAGAUAUUAUUAUGUGUUCAGAUUUACAAUGCAUUUCAAUUCUAUUGAAUUAUUUUAAAGUGAGGUAAAUUUUUAUUACUAAAUGUAACAUCAACAAUUUCAAAUUCUAUUGAUAAAAUAUUUUAAAAAUGCUGCUGCUAUAUUAAAUACUUUGUGAUGGUUCUAUGCGUAUCAAUAUUCUAUAAAAAAUUUGUAAAUUUAGCAAUAGUUAUGUUCAUCUUAACCCACCGUUAAAAUAAUAUAUUAAAUAAUUAUUCCACUUAGCAAAUAAUGUCUUUGAAAUCAUGAACUUAAUCAUUUAAUCAAAUUGUUUUCUUUAGAAUAGAUGUUAUGUUUGUAUGUUUAGACUUUCUUAUCUCCAAAAUUGGGUUAAUGUUCUCUUGAGAUUGUUAAUUUUUUUUCAUGUGAACUAAAUUCCCACUUAAUUCCAAUAGUUUAUACAUGUUCUCUAAUCCAUGAAUGUGCUAGUGAAUUCAUAUCAUAAAAACUUAUAGUUUUGUUUUAUACUAUAGUGUGGAAUAACAUGUAAUGGUUUCUAACAACAUGCAAACACUAGUACAUACUUAGUUUAAAACUUGCUUUAGGCUCAUUAGUGUAAUGAAGUAAGUAAUUUAAAGUCUGUUGAUAAUAAAACACUAUGCCUGUAUAAUGUAUAUUAUCAUAAUUGAACACAACUUUUUUGUAUCAUACUUUUAAAAGAUGUAUUUGUUAACUUAAUUAUUAUCAAUUUGUGUCUGAAAAUAUAACUAACUGUUUUAGCGGGUAAUCUCAAUUCUUUAUAACUAUAGAUGCAAUACCUUAUUAAGUAUUCACUUUUACUUGACGUACAUUAAUAAAAUAUCGACGCGGUUUCACGCAUCAAUAGUACAUUCUGGAAAUGUUAAUCAAACUUAAUUCGUAUCAAUCAUUAAUAAACUAUACAAUUAAAUUUUUUAUUGUUGUGAAAGUCGAUAACUAAUAAUCGUGUCGGUUAUUCCGCGAUUUUAAUGCAUUUUGUAACCCUCAGUAUUAUGUAUUUGUUUUUAAGGAUUUAAUAAAUAAAAACCAU